AUGCUCUCUCGUUCGGGCGUCACUGGCGCUGAUGUUUGCUCAUGGCUCAGUUUUGUGUCAAGAGCACCUGGGAGGGUGAACAUCAUCGGUGAACACAUCGACUACCACGGAUAUGACAUUGUGAUUGUUGGCGGCUGCGACGGAGUCGAUAGUUCGAGGUCCGAGCAGGAGCUCCAGUUAGAGGUCAUCAACGCAUCUGAAUGCUAUCCUCCUGCCAAACUUUCGCCGCUCUCUCCCGAGUACUUUGAAGGGAUCAGGUUGAAAUCUCGAUCGGUGGCUUGGUACGACUAUGUGGCCUGCGGCGUUAAGGGUCUCUAUGAAGCAGCAAGAGAGGUCGAGCAGCUCCAAGGGCUCAGACUUGUUGUGCAUGGAUCGGGACUAUGGGAGGAGGUGGACGAGACUGAAAUCUCUUGCUGCCUCUGGGUGUGUGACGGUGAGGACAAGGUCGCUCUACCUUGCCGUGCGAUGUUCAUCGUUGCCAACUGCUUGUCCGAGUCUCACAAGGCAGAGUCCGACAACCCAUUCAACGUGAUGCCCUCCAUCAUGCAUCAGGCUCCCUUGCUCAUGGUGCAACGCUGCGCAGACAUCGCUGACCUGAAAUCCUUCCUUGCCGCCGCCAUGGAGAAAUUGCCUGAAGAUCCGAUCACUUUCGCAAAGGCUGCAGAGUUGCUUCAACUCACCGUUGCUGAGUUGACCGAGAAGGUGCAGGGCCACAGGCUGAGUGACCGCGCUCUCCAGGGGAGCCUGCAGGUCAAGAAGAGGGCGAGACACAUCAUCAGCGAGGCUCAAAGGGUAGAUGACUUCUGUCGAGAAUGCGCAAGACAGACUUCGGACCCUCACGUCGACGAGGACCAGCUGCUUGCUAGUCUCGGAGGUUUGAUGCUUGGAAGUCACGAGAGCUGCAGACACGACUACUCGUGCUCCUGCGACGAGCUAGACGAGCUGGUUGGCUGCUUCCUGCGCGCGGGGGCCAACGGCGCCAGGAUGACAGGAGCAGGCUGGGGAGGUUGCGCAGUAGCGCUGGUUGACAGAACCAUGCAAGACAAGGUCAUUGGAGAGGUAUGGGAGAGUUUUUACAAGAAACGCAACGUCAAAGACGAGGAUCGUGGGAGGUUCAUAUUCAGCACUCUGCCAUCAGAUGGGGCCAACUUUCUAUCGAUCAAAUCCCUACAACUCACGUGAAGAUUCUCGCUCUCUAGAGUCAAAGCUACUCUGUUGGAAUAGACUUGAUGACUCGCGUCUUUAAACCUGGUCAGGGCGUUUUGGCAUGCGCAAUGGUUUGAGCUCUUCGCCUGUGAUCGGGUUGUACCCGUCACCGGAGCUGUAACGAAACAACUUCUCAGUGCGGACGCCAGCUCUGUACUUGGCCAUGUCAUCUUCAAACUUCUGCUGGUCCCCUGCUGGGGUCGGGUGAUAGUCGAGGCUGAUACAAUCGUAGGCGACGCUGGAGUGGUUCCUAGCGCCUUUGGUCGAGUUCUGCAUGACCAUGAGCUUCUGCUGCUGGUCG